AUGAAGAUUUCCAUAUUGAGCGGGGGAACAGCUACUAAUGAGUUAGUACCAUUAUUUAAUAACCUUACCGAUGAUAUAAGUUAUAUAUUACCCAUACUGGAUAAUGGAGGUUCCACAUCAGAAUUGAUAAGAGUUAUAGGAGGACCUGCCAUUGGUGAUAUAAGAUCGAGAUUAACUAGAUUGAUACCUGAAAAAGAGAAGGGAUUAAGAAAAUUAUUAACUUUCAGAUUAUCUGAUGAUGCAAAGUUGGCUAAAGUUCAAUGGAAUGAUAUUGUUGAUGGUAGUCACGAGUUAUGGAGAGAUAUUGAACCUUCAACAAGGGAAAUCUUUAGAGCUUUCUUCAUUCAUGUGAAUGUCGAAUUACUUAAAAGGUCUAAACAUCAAUCAUCUGCUCAUACCACCAAGAAACAAUUCAGAUAUGAGUUAGCUAAUGUGGGAAAUUUAUUUUUAACAGGAGCUAGACUAUUCAUAGGAUCAUUGGAUUCUUCGAUUGAAUUAUUCUCCAAACUUUCGGGUAUAGAUCCUAAAGUUGAAGUAUUGCCAUGUAUAAAUACCAACUUCACCUACCAUAUAAGUGCAUUAUUGAAGAAUGGGUUAAUUAUUACAGGUCAAUCACAAAUAUCUCAUCCUUCAGAAGAUAAAUUACCUGAUAACUAUCCUCCUCCUAUAAAUAAGACAAGACCAUCCACUCCGACUCAAGAACAUCCACCUUUGGCAAGUGAAGACUCAUAUUUUUCCAACCUUUCUUACACUUCACCUAUUGGUAAUAUAACGACGAUGAAUCAUCUGUUCAGUGAAAAUUUCUCUGAAUUUUCCGAUGUUUCUGACGAUGAAGAAAGUGGUAAUGUUCCACAAUACACACAUCCAGAAUUAAAGAAAUCACAAUUGCAUUUCUCCAAAACUGAAGCCAUAGAACCGUUAUUAUCACCCAUUGAAAGGAUUUUUUAUGUAUCACCAUAUGGAGAAGAAAUAAGACCAACUGCUCACCAUAAAGUAUGUUCUACCAUUGCAUCUAGUGACGUGGUAGUUUACUCUAUUGGGUCAUUGAUGACUAGCAUAUUACCAAUUGUGGUUUUGAAAGGGGUUGGAAAAGCUAUAGCUGCUGAUAGUUCUAAAGUCAAUAAAAAAAGAAUCUUAUUAUUAAAUGGAUGUCAUGACAGAGAAACUUUUGGAAUGCAAGCAAUUGAUUUUGUGAGAGUUAUAGUGGAACUGGCUACUUACUCUUUUAAACAAAAGCAUGAUGGUGAUAAUACCAUUAGUUCAAUUCAUCAAUGGGAUAGAUUUGUUACCCACUUAUUUUAUAUGGAAAAUCCUAAAAUCCACGUAGAUGUUGAUCAAUUAAGUGAAAGAGGAGUGAAAUGUGUUGAAAUAAAAAGAGAUCAAAGUGAAGAUUAUUUUGAUCUUCAUGAUUUGCAAUAUAAAUUGACAGAAAUAGCCACAUAA